AUGGAUUUCGUCAACAAGUUCACCGGUGGCAGCAAGGACCAAAACCAACAAGGCGAAGGCCAAGGCCAAGGUCAAGCCAACACCCAAUCUCAAUCUCAAGACAAGAACACCGACGGAGAAAUGUUCGGCGGCAUCUCAGACAAACUGAACUCCGCAGCAGGCGGCGGGAAAGAGAGCGAGAAGAACGAAGAUGCACUUGACAAA